GCAAUUUCUCAAAUUGAUUUUGCUCACCAUUGCAAUUCCUACGGCCUUAGUGUAGCGUAAUUGCUUUGGUUUUGUAGAAUCAGGAGGAGAAUAAGGUGGGAACUGGGAAUGGCGAUGGAAGGAGUUGCUUCUAUUGCUCUUUUGCCUUGCGGCUCUGUCUCUGGCCACUUCAUUCAACUUCCUCACUCCAUCUGCUACGGCCUCCAUGGCACUGAAUUGGAAUGUGAAAGAGAGUGCAGCAGGGGUGAGGAUUACCGCUUGAUCAAGCUCACAAUUACGAACUACAAUAACAAGCAAGAACGAACAGUCGUCAUUGAAUGUAGAGGCCAUGAUGCUGCACGGUUUCGCAGCAUCGUUCAUGCUCAUGGUUGGGAAGAGGAUGUAGUGAGCAUGGUUGAAAAAAAACAUGGAAAGAACGAGAUUAUGGUUUCCUUCGAGUGUCAAAUUUUGAAGUCUGAGAAAGCGGCUGAAGAUCACAUCAGACAGUUCAUUCCCAAAUUAGUAGGUCAAGACGCUGUGGUUAACAUAGGGCCAAUGAGCAUCAGAGGAUUGGAUUUUGAAGCAGAGGAGGAACAGCCAGGAGAGUGAUGCAACCAUUUUUUAGCAUUUUGAGUUGGAAGACUUGUCUGAUGAAGUAGUCUCUCUUUAAAUCUUAUCUCAACCCAUAGCCUGAAUUUUGUUUGUGAGAGAGAUCUUUCUCUCGUUAGAUUUCUUUUAUCUAGGAGAGAGGCAGAGAGAGUCAACAUCAGUUUUAAAAAAAUUAGUUGUUUAAUGAGCAAAAGUUCAGGGGCCAAAGUCAAUACUCGGCUGCUAGAAAUCUUUUGAUGCUGAGUUUGAAGGAUAUGUUUGCAGGAAGACUUUUGAGAACUAGAGAAUCGUAUUUACAAACUUCCACGCUAUGGAAUAGGCCAUCCCAUCUCUCGAUUGUCGCUAUGAAACAAUCGGGGGACAGUAAAGAUUAGAUCAAAUGAGAAGGGAAUAAUAGGGGUAUGUGAUAGAUAGUGAUCUGUUGUCUCGCGCCCCUAGGUAUUCUCUACCUACCCACCUGUAUCGGUUUCGGGUACAGGUACCCCUCCCAAGUUAUUUGAACAACUUUGAGGUAACUAAACAACUAAAAUUUAUUCAGGCAACUAAGAUUUUUCCUUAA